AUGAGCAGAGGCCAAUGCGACCUUUUCAAGAGUUCAGAGGACAGCGAUGAUUCUUUCAUUCUUCUAUCGGCAUCACUCCAAAAAACUCCUACAGCUGCAGGGUUCGGUCCAUUUGUUAGAGUCACUAUUAAGCAAAAUCAUAUUUUGAAUCAGACGGCUUAUAUUACAAUUCCAGUAUAUGUGCGAUACGUACCAGAUUCGAUAAUUCCCACGACAAAUCCGGAUGAUUUAGUGGUAUCAGAAUAUUUAGCUUCCAUGCUAUGGCUUGAUGGUCAACGUCCAAGUAUACAUGAUCCAAUCGAUGUCAUUGUUGAAAAACUGGAAGGAUCUGACAUUUUAACGGCACGAGCUGUGACUUUAAAACUGGUCGAUUUCAUGAAUUGCACAAGAUAUCAAUUUCUUAAUGAUAAUACGUCACUGCUAUCAUUAAAACUUUCCGGAAAACUCUUGUGCAAAGGCAUGACAUUUUCGUUGGACUGGCUAGAUGGCAAAACCAUUCGUUUCAUUGUAGAAAACAUUGCUGCGUUAGCAUCCCAGUCGUUGGAUAAUCAAUCAGUGGUUGAUUCAGAGUUAAUAUCUGUGUGUAUGUGCUGUACAUCUGCAUCAACUCUUUUCACUGUCCUUCCGCGAACACCUUCUAGUCUAGCCUUUUUUCCUCCACCAGAAAAAAUAGUGGAAUCUAAGUCACCGCCAUGGUUUCCUGGUCUUGAGCCUGCAUUCAAUGCCUUGUCUAAAACAAUUAAUUGCAUUUUGUUUUCAAUGGGUGAUCCUGCAUAUCCGCCAACUAAACAGGCUGAUUCCGAUAUGGAUCAGAUUACUAGCUUUACAAAUAUUCGCGGUCUUUUGGUAGCUGGCGUUGCUGGGUCUGGAAAAUCGUGUUUAGUUCGAGGUUUUGUAGAACAAAUGGGUAUACCAUGGUCGGUGAUUGACGCCAUUCAACUGAUCUCAUCACGCUCCGUUCCUAUUGAAAAUGUUUUUCAAGCACUAUUUGAUCAAAAUGUUCCACGACCGAAAGGCUUGAAUCGUUCUUGUAGUUCAGAGGGUACACUAUUAAUUCUUAUCACAAAUGAUGAAGAGCAAGUAAAAAAGCGCCUUGGAGCAGCGGCAAUCUAUUUUGAAGAUUUUAAAAUGCCUACUUUAACUAUUGCCGAUAGAUCAGCUCUAUUUCAAGCAUAUAUUAAAGAUAUUGAACAUGGCGAAACUCAAAUUUUGGCACUUUCAAAACAGACAAAAUCACAUGCAUUGUCAGAUCUGGUAUCCGCACUUCAAAAAAGCAUGCUAAAGUACGGGGCAGGUCAAGAUAGACUAAACGAGCUUUGCGAAAUCCUUAAAAAUACGCCUCCGUCAGGACUCCGUGGAAUUGCCAGCAAACUUCCAGAAACCCAACUUUCUGAUCUAUUUGGAAUUCAAAACGAUAUUGAUCGUUUAAAUAAUAUUCUCAUCCGACCAUUUAGAGAUUACAACCAAGAUCUUGCAAACGACUCUAUCCUGACGGUUUGGCCACCUCAUGGAAUUCUCAUCUAUGGUCCACACGGUGUUGGAAAAACAAAACUGGCAUGUGCACUUGCAAACGAAUUGGCAUUUCCGUGUAUAUUUGUGAAUAUUGAGCACCUUCUUACCACACGAUCCGAACAUUCUUCGAGCGAGGGGACUUCAAAUCGGAUAGUAACUUCAUUUUUAACAGAACUGGAUGGUGUUACCAAACAUACUGCGCCGAUAUGUAUUGUUGCAACCUCACAAACAACUAAAACAAUUGAUCCAGCAGUGUUAAGACCGGGACGUAUUGGUAUACAUGUAAAACUGACUUUACCCAACCGAUCCAGCAGACUCGACAUGUUUAAUGGCGUGCUACAACAAAUGCCCUGUGAUAUAGCUGUGGAAGAUAUAGAUAUUGCUGUUGAUCGCACCCAAGGCAUGUCAUUUUCAGACAUUUCAGGAAUAUGUCGUGAAGCUGCCAUGAUUGCUAUUCGCACAGGUGCUUCUACAGUGGUAUUUAAGCAUAUAUCAUCUGCUAUUGAUGCCAUGGCCAACUCUGAUUGA